AUGUACGAGCUUGCCGACCGAGUCUUCGAGGCUCCAGAUCUUCCGCCGGAUAGGGGUCAUCAGUCGGUUCCCCCUUUCACCAGUCAACCGCGAUGGCGAACGAGCGACAAAAGAGAGGAAAAACGGCCCGAGCUGCACACACGGAUUGGGCACAUGGGCCAACGAAAGCCCGGCCAAGACGUGUCUCUUUUGGCGCUAGCGAGCAGGCUGCCGGGCUGCCGUGUCCUCCAAGCCGGGGCCGCAGGCCCUCGAAAGUCCGCCCACAGCCCACCCACCGCUACCAAGGCAGCCCUCGUGCCCCCAACACCCGUGCCCGACCCGGCGGCCCUCCGACAACCAGCACCCAGAUCUCCGACACCAUUGAGAGGGAGAUCGGCAGCGAUCUCGGGUGGCUUGGAAGGAUAG